AUGGCUCCUGCUCGACAGCAACCGGCACCACCGCCGUUCAGCAAAGAUCAAAAAGUGCUCUGUUUCCACAUGGACAUGCUCUACGAAGCCAAGAUUAUGGAUGUUCAGCCAGCCGAGAAGCCCAGUGAUGGAUACAAGUACAAAGUCCAUUACAAGGGGUGGAAGAACACCUGGGACGACUGGGUGCUGGUAGACCGUAUCCGGACCUUCGACGAUGAGCACAAAGAGCUGGCUGCACAGUUGCACGCGCAGUUGAAGCAUAACAUCCAACGAAGCACUAAGCAGCCGAAAAAGGGCCUGAGAAGUGGUGCUGAGUCUGCUAGAGUCAGCGAGGAGCGAUCAGGCUCUGCCACUGUUCAAGGAGGCAGGGGAGGAAGACGAGGCAAAGACUGGGAAUUGGAACAGGAGGAUGCUUUCCACAACAAACCUAUGAUCAAAAUCCCGGUGCCCGACCACAUUCAAGCGAUGCUGGUUGAUGAUUGGGAAAAUAUCACCAAGAACAACCAGCUUGUCCCUCUUCCUCACAAUAAGCCAGUCACCAAGAUAUUUGAAGACUAUCUUGCGCAUGAGCGUCCACACCGCGAAGAGGGAUCUUCCAGCAUGGACAUAUUGGAAGAAGUCGUCGCAGGCUUCCGUGAGUACUUCGAGAAGGCUCUUAGCAGAAUUUUGCUGUACCGUUUCGAGCGCCAUCAGUACAUGGAUAUUAAGAAGCUCUGGGAGAACACUGAGGCGAACACAGAAAUCACCAAUGUCUGCGAUGUCUAUGGCGCUGAGCAUCUUGCUCGACUAAUUGUCUCUCUCCCCGAACUGUUGGCGCAGACCAAUAUGGACCAGCAGUCCGUGUCCCGUCUUCGAGAGGAGAUAGGAAAGUUCAAUGUCUGGUUAGGACGUAACUGCGAGACAUAUUUUGUCAAUGAGUACGAGACUCCCAGCCAGGAGUAUAUUGACAAAGCUCGUAGCUUUUGA